CGUCACCGUUGGCGCUCUCAAGCUCCCCCGUGGUCACUUGGCAACUCGCCCCUCCUCUCUCUCUCUCUCUCUCGCCGCCGCUGACCCUUCCGGCGACCCGUAGCAUGCCGCCCUCUGACCUUCGGCGGCGCCGGGGUGAAAGGGCGGACGGCCAUUUUGUGGCGGUUGGUCGCCCCUGAGGCCGGGGGCCCGGUCCAGCCAGGCCAGGCCGGGUCGGGUCGGGCGAAAUCCCCGCCGCCAUGUCGUCGUUCUCGGAGUCGGCGCUGGAGCGGAAGCUGUCGGAGCUGAGCAACUCGCAGCAGAGCGUGCAGACGCUGAGCCUGUGGCUCAUCCACCACCGCAAGCACGCCGGGCCCAUCGUCGUCGUCUGGCACCGAGAGCUCCGCAAGGCCAAAUCAAGUAGGAAGCUCACUUUCCUAUACUUGGCGAACGAUGUCAUUCAGAACAGUAAAAAGAAAGGACCCGAGUUUACGAAGGAAUUCGAAUCGGUGCUCGUGGAUGCUUUUUCACACGUGGCCAGGUAG